GAUCCGGCGGCUGGAGAACUCCAUGAGCGAGGAGGGUCUGAGCGAGGAGCAGAAGCAGCAGAAGCGGUCGCAGCACGCAGCCAAGGAGACCGAGUUCCUGCGACUCAAGCGAUCCCUCGGCGUCGACGACUUCGAGUCGCUCAAGGUCAUCGGCCGCGGCGCCUUCGGCGAGGUUCGCCUCGUGCAGAAGCGAGACACGGGACACACCUAUGCAAUGAAGAUCCUGCGAAAGUCGGACAUGCUCGAAAAGGAACAGGUGGCGCACGUGCGGGCGGAGCGCGACAUACUCGUGGAGGCGGAUCACACGUGGGUCGUGAAGAUGUACUACAGCUUCCAGGACGCGCAGAAUCUGUACCUCAUCAUGGAGUUUCUACCCGGAGGUGACAUGAUGACGCUGCUCAUGAAGAAGGACACGUUGACGGAGGAGUGCACGCAGUUCUACGUAGCGGAGUCCGUGCUCUCCAUCAACUCCAUACACAAGCUCGGCUUCAUCCAUCGCGACAUCAAGCCGGACAACCUGCUGCUCGACGCAAAGGGUCACAUUAAGCUGUCGGACUUUGGGCUCUGCACAGGCCUGAAGAAGUCGCAUCGCACAGACUUCUACCGAGAUCUUUCGCAAGCCAAGCCCACGGACUUCUCGUCCAGUCCGAUGGACUCUAAGCGGCGGGCGGAGAGCUGGAAGCGAAACAGGAGGGCGCUAGCGUACUCGACGGUCGGCACGCCCGACUACAUCGCCCCCGAGGUUUUCAUGCAGACCGGCUACACGGAGAGCUGUGAUUGGUGGUCAGUCGGCGUCAUCAUGUACGAGAUGUUGAUAGGCUAUCCUCCGUUUUGCUCGGAGAGUCCUCAGGAGACGUACCGGAAGGUGAUGCACUGGAAGGACACGCUAGUCUUCCCUCCCGAGAUGCCCAUCUCCAACGAGGCCAGAGAUCUCAUACAGAAAUUCUGCUGUUCGCCGGAGCAGAGGGUAGGACACCACGGGGGUUCCAAAGAGAUCAGGUGUCAUCAGUUCUUCAAGGGUGUCGACUGGGAUCACAUAAGGGAGCGGCCGUCGGCGAUACCAGUAGAGGUGAAGAGCAUCGACGACACGUCCAACUUUGACGAGUUUCCCGACAUGAAGCCACUGGUUCAGCCGCUGGACGUCGACAUCAACUACAAGGACUGGGUCUUCAUCAACUACACGUUCAAGCGCUUCGAGGGCCUCACGCAGCGCGGCAUCCGACCCAAGAGCUAACCCGGCGCGGCGGGGGAAGCGCGAGACGCCACCGCCGCCGUCUCGCUCCGUCUCCGGGCGUCUCGGCUUGCGUCUCUCGAACUCGACUACAAUUUGC